UUAAAGCAGCAGGGUUACAGCAGUUUCGCAUUGUCUGCUCUUGUUUUUUUAACUGUAUCGCUGAUUUCUUCUUACAAGAUUUGUUUCUUCCAGGUUUCUUUUUCAACAGGAAAGAACACUAAAAGCACAAGUUUGGUAGCAUUUGAUUUUCAUCAGAAAGUUUUUUUUUUUUAUGCUAAAGUAACAUGUUUUGACAGGUUUCUUGAUGCUGUAGCUUAACCUCAUCAGAAUGGAGAAUCGACCAGUUACCUUAACUCAGGCCUCAGUAUUGCCUUUCUGUGAUAAGUCCCAUGCUCAGAAUCUUCUCAGAGGCAUCAAUGAAUUACGGUCUGAGCAGAAAUUUUUUGACAUGACCCUUUCAGUAGAAGGACAGGAAUUCCCCUGCCAUCGCACUGUUUUGGCCUCGGCUAGCAAUUACUUCAAAGCUAUGUUUGCUGGUGCCUUAAAAGAAAGUUAUACAGAUCGGGUACAGAUCCAUGAGGUGAAGGCAGACAUCUUAGAGUUGCUUAUUGACUUCUGCUACACUGGUUAUGUGACUGUGACCCAGGAUAAUGUGGACCUCCUGCUGCAGGCUGCUGACCUGUUCCAAUUCCCUUCAGUAAAAGAAGCUUGUUGUACUUUUCUGGAACAACAACUUGAGAUUUCUAACUGCUUGGAGAUUUUGGACUUUGCAGAGACCUAUGCUUGUAGAAGUCUUGUAGAAAACACAAAACAAUUUAUUCUUAAGAAUAUUGUAGAACUGACUAAAGCAAAAGACCUGAAAAAGCUGUCAAAGAAAAGAAUUCUGGAGUACAUCUCUGAUGACCGUCUAUGUGUUGACAAAGAGGAAACAGCAUAUCAAAUUGCACUGUGCUGGGUUAAAGCAGAUGUAAAGGGGCGCCACAGGUUUUGGCCAGAACUUUUUGAGCAUAUACGUUUGCCCUUCAUUAGACGUUUUUACCUUCUUGCUUAUGUGGAAAGUGACCCUGUAGUUUACAGUUCUCCUCCUUGCCUCAAGCUGAUCAGUGAAGCCCGUGCAUUCCAGUCUUGUGAAUAUGAUCGUCAUGAUAAGCCCUGUGAAAGGAUGAGACCCCGUCCCUCAACAGGACUGGCUGAGAUCCUGGUGGUCAUUGGUGGCUGUGACCAGGACUGUGAUGAGUUGGUGACCGUGGAUUGCUUUAAUCCUCUCUCUGGGCAGUGGCGGUAUUUGGCUCAGUUCCCAGAUCAUCUUGGAGGUGGUUACAGUACAGCAGCCUUGGGCAAUGAUAUCUAUGUCACUGGGGGCUCUGAUGGGUCUCGGCUUUACAGUGUUGUUUGGAGAUACAAUUCAAGUGUGAACGAGUGGAUUGAGGUUGCCCCAAUGUUGAAAGCAAGAGAAUACCAUAGUUCCACCGUCUUGAAAGGACUUCUGUAUGUGGUUGCCACAGACAGCACUGAGCGAUAUGACCCCUGGUUGGAUACUUGGGAGCCUCUGAGGCCCAUGUUAUAUCCAAUGGACAACUGUUCUACUACUGCUUGUCAUGACAGACUUUAUGCCAUUGGAUCUCUUGCUGGACAAGAAACCAUGGUAAUACAGAGCUAUGACCCUGAGACAGACAGGUGGACUUUGGUAAACUGUGGUCAGCUGCCACCAUGGUCAUUUGCGCCCAAAACUGUGACACUAAAUGGUCUUCUGUAUUUCAUAAGGGAUGACUCUGCAGAGGUUGAUGCAUAUAGCCCUUUAAAGAAUGAAUGGUUUAAGAUCCCUCCAAUGAACCAGGUCCAUGUUGGAGGCAGUCUAGCAGCAUUAGGAGGCAAACUGUAUGUCUCAGGUGGAUAUGACAACACAUUUGAGCUUUCUGACGUAAUGGAAAUAUAUGAUCCACAGACUCGAACCUGGACCAUUGCAAGCAGACUGCCUCAACCUACUUUCUGGCAUGGAAGUGCCAGUAUCUUUCGCCAGUUCAUGCCACAGACCCAGUAUGGCUUUGAGGGUGUUGUUCUGGACAAUGUAAAUAAUGAGAAUAAUGCUGUAAACCUCAAUCGGCACAAUCGGAACCAUUUACCAGACCAAAAUCUUAAUGACUUGCAUUAGAUGGUCCAAGGAAAAGAAAUAUGCAUUUCUCCACUUUAGAUGAGUACUUGAUUCUUCAUGUUUUUUUUCUUUCUGGAGUGCCUUCUGUGAUGUGUGUUUCCAUGUAGGUCUCUUCUUUCCUUCCACAUCCCAAAGGCAUGCACAUAGAUGUGUUUGCACUAUCUGCAUAUUUUGAAACUAACAUCCCAUCCAAGAUUGCUUUUGUGCCUUACACCAGUUGCUUUCUGGAAUAAAUUCCAUCUCCUCUGCAGCAAGUGACUAGGAUGAAGUGGAUAUCGGAAAAUGAAAUGAGCAAUGCAAGAUUUAUCAACUGAAGUAUAUGCAGUGCACCCCUAAACUGCUAUUGUACAGAAGAUAGGCACCCUUCUCACAGUAUGGUUACAUCUACAUAAUGCUGAAAGAAAGAAUGCCCUUUUUCCUUAUGUUUGCAGCAGUGGCAUGUAAUGAAUGUUUGUUCAUUCCUUCUCUGUAUUUCAUGACAUAGUAAUAUUUCUGAUGGCACUGACAUCACUGGGUCAGAAGAACAAUGAAGGCACUGUCUGCAUGACGAAAGUUUGGAUUUGCAACAGCAUAGAAGUUUAGCUGUGACAUUUGGGAUUUUAAAAUAGUUACUUGCAUAGAUACUUAAACGUUAGAUCUUUCAUUAGGCAGCUUGAAGAAGAUAAUGCAGAGCUGAAUGUUUCUUACUUUCCUUUUUUAAAUUUUAUUGUAUUUAAACAGUGCUAAUAUAAAUAACAAUGUCCCAUAGGAAAUAACACAUUGUAUGUUUACUUGUAAUGGGAAAAUGCAUCUGAUGAUUUGAAUUUUUGAGAGCUCUGAAUCUAUGCCAGAAGCACUAGCUACUAAGGCUAUGUGUGUGUGUGUGUGUGUGUGUGUGUGUGUGUGUGUGUGUGUGUGUGUGUGUGUGUGUGUUUUGUCUGUGUUGUGUGUCCACACAUACAUCCUUGCAAUAUAUAGAUGCUAACUGAGAGCCACUUAUACAGAAUAACCUUCUCUUCUACAUUUGGUCUUGAGGUAUACUAGUGAGGAAGUUUGAGUAAGCUGCUUGCUUGAAUUGAGAAUAAAACAGUGGCAUCCCUGAAUUUAUAUCCUAAUAGAGUUCAUUCAUGGCUGUUGAUAUAUUCUCUUCCCCACUGAAGAAGGCAAACUUUUAUAUGUUGUCCUCUCUCAGAAAUUCAGAUUACUUUUGCAUGCUAUCUUUCUUCAGCUACAACUCCAUAAUAACACUUAUUAUUGUUUCUUCUCAGAACUGAGAAGCAUUAGCAGAACAUGUUGCACAACAGGUAGCACGUACCUUUGGUGCAGAAGACUGUGGGUUCUCUUCUCACACCAGGUAGAUUGAUUGCUGACACAGCAGUACACCAUAAGGGGGUGCUGCACUCCUGAAUCUGCCCUCCUCUCAGAUUAGAUGUUAAACCGAGGCUCCAUCUCUUUGAGCUGGUGGUAGUUCAGGUGGAUGUAAAAGACCCUAUGGCACCUAUUGAAAAUAGUAGGGGAUAUCCUUUGAUUCCCUGGCCAUAUUUCCCCUAAUAAUAUAAAUACCACCUUGGAUCCCCUCUAACCUAGUGGACCUAACCUGGACAACAAAGGGUAAAUAAAAAAGAAAUUGCUUGAUAAACUAGCUUAAAUCAAUUUCAGUUGUUAUGCUGUUUACUGUGUGUGUGCUUAUUUGUUCCUACCCUGAUGACUGCAUGUCCUUUUGCAGGUGACAGGCUUUAGUAUGUAUUUUACUGUGCCCACUCUGUAAAAAAAUAAAUAAAAAAAAAAAAAAAAAAUGUCCUUUCUCAGUAUCCCACAAGUGUAAGGUUCUCCAAGCUUCUUCAUGAACCCAGUCUACCCUUAAGUAAAAAGUGCAAGCAGUUACAUUUUAGGGCAUCUUUUCAUCCAGAAAUGUGUAAUGCACUCUAGUUUUAGUGUAGUUACUUAGCAAAUCUCAUAAUGAUUUAACAGACUUAAAGCAAAAUAACAGUUUAAGAUGUGUUAUGUAAAAUUGCGUUACUUUAUUGUUUCUAGAGCUGUUUUGGCUUUUGAACUUCACUCAUUGUUGGUAGAUGGAGAAACAAUCUGGAGUGUAUAGUGGUAGAUAAAAAUACAUUUGAUCUCCUUAGAAGAACUUCACAGUUUGUUAUUCAAGAUGAGGUUGGUUUAUAGUUAGUAACUUCAUUGAAACAAUGGGGGAGGGUUCUCUUGGUGAGGCACAUCUUGUAGCCAGCAAGUCAUAAUAACUUCUUGUCCUGAGAAAGAAGACUAGAUUGAGAAAAUAAACCAAAGUGAAGAUUGCUAGCUCAUCUUGUUAAAGAGUGCAGGUUAUCAAACCAUAAGAACAGUGAAUCCUGAAAUCAGUGUCUGAUAGUAGGGUAGGUCUUAGUGCCUUAACAAUACAGAAGUUUGUAGGCAGAAGAGCUAGAGAGGCUUGGCUAAAAACUGGGUGGAUCAUAAAAGGUUAAAGAUUUUGAAAAAUGCAGCAUUUUUAAUUUACAGAUACAGGAACCAAGUUACGAAAAGCUUGAAAUGACAAAGAAAUGUUUUUGCAGCACCCUUGUGUCUUCAUUUCACUCGAAGUAUAAACAGGAUAGAAGAGAAAAUGACUAAAACAUAGUUGAGUGGAGACGUAACUUUGUGGUAUAAGGUAGUAGUUUUUAUUGUACCUCAUGGAAGGUGAUCUACAGUACAGGUUAACUUGUGGUGGGCCAUAAAGGGAAACGGCCAUGUCUUAUUAGCUAUUGCCUAAAUGAGGUUGUGUUCUGCCUCCUGCAAAACAAACACACACACGUGUGCAAGUUUUAUGUAAUAAAUUUUGAGAAAGACAUGGUGGUAUAAUGGUUAAUACCUUCCCUGUCCAGACAAACAAGGUCCAUGUCACUGUGUAGAGGUUGCAUAUUCUCCCAGUGGUUGUGUGAGGUUUCACCCCUCCCAAAAACAUGCUGAAUGCUUUGGCCUCAAGGAUGUGAGGUACCACUUUCAACCCUGCCCCUCCAGUUGAACUUCAUCAUGAAACUUGCUCCCUAAUCCUACAGUGCAGAAUUUUCCAUGUACCUUAUAUCUGAUCCCAGUAUAUUCUGUAUAUAUUCGUGUGUGUGUGUGUAUGCACACGUGUGCUUAUUUCAGGACAGUUAAUAUUGUCCCAGAUGUUCUUCGUGUUUCACUGUUGUAGUCAUCACAUUUGGGUUAUCUGCCUGCAGAUAGCC